CGCACCGUGUGUACACGUGUCCAUACCGUCGCGAAAAAGUAGACGUUUGAGUAGAACUUCGUUGAUUUACGACUUAAAUAAUUAUUAUUCAAUUCUCCGAUUGAACUAUGAACGACUUGAUACUGAUAUUUUCUAUUCUGUUCAUGAGUACUUUUGUACAGGGUACAGAAAUUGAUAACAAGCUGUUGAAAUGCUUAGUAUGUAGAUCAACGAUAAAAGAGAUUGAAGGAGAAAUAGCAAAAAUUGAUCCCUCGAGAGAGAUUGAGAUAGGCAAUUAUAGACUGGAUGCACAAGGAAAUAUUAUUCACAAAAAGGUUCCACUCGCACGAUCUGAAGUACACAUGUCUGACGUCUUGGACAAUAUUUGUGAAAAAAUGUCAGACUAUGUAAGAGCUACGUAUAAAUCAAAUGGUCAAUUAACGAUCUUAAAUCUCAUCGAUCCAGUUGGUGGUGGUAUGAAUCCUGAAAUGAGCAAAGUCGACGUUGUCCAGGACGGUGAUCUUAACAAAAGUUUAAAAUAUUACUGCGAGGAGAUAGUGGAGGAACAUGAAGAGUCCAUAAUUUCAUUGUUCGUUCGUGAAGAGCGUAAUAUCAGAGGACAGUUGUGUACAGAUGUUGCUAAGCUGUGUGAUCCUGCAGAGUUUAGCUAUGAGAAUGACGAAGACAAUGAAUCGCAUGAAGAACAUGAACUGUGAUGGUAUUUAGGAGGAAAUGGAUACUGAUCUGUAUCCCUUUAUAUGUACAUAUUUUUGAUAUUCGAAAGAUGAGAUGAUUAGCUAUAUUUAUUAUUAUUUAAAUCAUACGCGUUUAAAACAGGAAUGAAGUAUUACAACGUACAACGUUUGGGAUUAAUAAAUGUAAAUAAAUUAGAAACGUGAUAAAUUCAA